AUGGCGAUCCAGAAGAAGCACGGCAAGGGUCGUCUCGACAAAUGGUACAAGCUCGCCAAGGAAAAGGGCUACCGCGCCCGUGCUGCCUUCAAGCUGAUCCAGCUGAACAAAAAAUACAACUUCCUCGAGAAGAGCAAGGUCUUGAUCGAUCUGUGCGCCGCGCCCGGGUCAUGGUGUCAGGUCGCCUCGGAGGUCAUGCCCGCCGGCUCCCUCAUCGUCGGUGUCGACCUCGCCCCCAUCAAGCCCAUCCCACGAUGCAUCACCUUCCAGAGCGACAUCACCACCGACAAGUGUCGCACAACCCUGCGCCAGCACCUGAAGCACAUGAAGGCCGACGCCGUCAUCCACGACGGGGCCCCCAACGUCGGUACCGCCUGGGUCCAGGACGCCUUCUCCCAGGCCGAGCUGGUCCUGCAGUCCAUGAAGCUGGCCACCGAGUUCCUGGCCGAGGGCGGCACCUUUGUCACCAAGGUCUUCCGGUCAAAGGACUACAACGCCCUGCUCUGGUGCUUCCAGCAGCUGUUCAUGAAGGUCGAGGCCACCAAGCCGCCCUCCAGUCGUAACGUGUCCGCCGAGAUCUUCGUCGUCUGCCGUGGCUACAAGGCCCCCAAGAACCUCGACCCCAAGUUCCUCGACGCCCGCUACGUCUUCGCUGAGCUGGCCGAUCCCACGCCCAACAACGAGGCCAAGGUCUUCAACCCAGAGAAGAAGAAGCGCAAGCGUGGUGGCUACGAGGAGGGCGACUGGACGCAGUUCCACGAGGCCACAGUGUCAGAGUUCAUCGAAACACCUGACCCCAUCGCCAUGCUGGGCAGCUUGAAUAAGCUCAGCUUCGAGCAAAAGGGCAACGGAGACAUCGCCAUCGCCACCAUCGACAAGCUCAAAGAAACCACAAAGGAGAUCCGCGACUGCUGCGCUGACCUGAAGGUUCUCGGUCGAGCUGACUUCAAGCGUCUUCUGCGCUGGCGACUGAAGGUCCGUGACAUCUUCGGUUUCUCACAGAAGCAGAAGGAGGCCGCGGCCGCCAAGGAGGCUGAGGAAGCAAAGGAAGGUGAAGAAGUCGCCAAGAUCGAGGACAUGGACGAGGAGAUGAAGCUACAGGAGGAGCUCGAGAGGCUCAAGGACAAGGACUCCAAGCAGAAGAGGAAGCAGCGUCGCAUCGAAAACGAGCGCAAGCAGAAGGAGAUCGUGCGCAUGCAGAUGAACAUGGCGACACCCUUCGAUAUCGGUUUGGAGCAAGCUGGGCCCACGGGUGAAGACUCCAUGUUCGCCCUCAAGGCCGUCGACAAGGACGGUGCACUCGCAAAGAUCGCGCGCGGCAAGAUGGCACAGAUCGUUGAGAAAGAGAGGGACGACGUCAGCGAGGAAGACGUCACAGACGACGAGGAAGGCGAUAACCUUGAGCGUUACCUUGACUCGCAGUACGACGAAUAUGUCGAACAGAAGUCGGCCCGCGACGCCAAAUACCGCGCCAAGCGAGCCCGAGGCGAUAACGAGGACGGCGAAUGGAAUGGCUUCUCAGACGGCGAAAAGGACGAGAGCGACGACGACGAGCUUGUGCAGGACGCGGACAGCGAUUCGAGCGACGACGAGGAAGAGGAUGGGCCCAAGAAGCUAAUCACAACCCUCGAGCCAGAGGAUGUGGCUGGCAGCGGCCUGACAAGACGAGCUGCACGCUUCUUCGACCAGGACAUCUUCAAGGGCAUCGACGGUCUGGAGGAUCUGGAGGAAGACGAGGACAGCGGCAUUGAUGUCGAGGGUGAGGAGGAUGCCAAGAUGGAGGAUGUGGAGGAUGUCUCAGAGGAGCCCUCCAAGACAACCAAGAAAGCCACGUUCGCCGAACCCGCUCCGGAGGAGUGGUCGGACGACGACGAGGACAAGAUCGAAGAAGUCGCCCGCGACGAGUCUCAGUGGGAGCACGACGACAUGCCCAUGAAGAACGGCAAGCCCGACAUCGACAUCAUCACCGCCGAAGCCAUGACGCUCGCGCAUCAAAUGGCCACAGGCAAGAAGACAAAACACGACCUUCUCGACGACUCGUUCAACCGCUACUCCCUGCGCGAUGUCGACGGCCUGCCAGACUGGUUCCUCGACGACGAGAACAGACACUCCAAGCUCCAGCGCCCCACCACCGCCGCCGCCGCCGCCGCCAUCAAGGAGAAGAUGCGCGCCCUGAACGCGCGACCCAUCAAGAAGGUGCGUGAAGCGCAAGCCAGGAAGAAGUUCAAGGCCGCACAGCGCCUCGAGAAGCUGAAGAAGAAGUCGGCCAUGCUGGCCGACGAGGAGGGCAUGACGGAGAAGGAGAAGGCGCAGAGCAUUGCGCGCCUCAUGAGCCGCGCGUCAAAGAAGAAGCCCAAGGGCAAGGUCAGCGUUGUUGUUGCGCGCGGAGGCAACAACGGCAUCAAGGGCCGACCCAAGGGCACAAAGGGUAAGUACAAGAUGGUGGACGCGAGGAUGAAAAAGGACGUCAGGGGUGAGAAGCGGGCGGCCAAGAAGAGGAAGUGA